AUGGGUAUGAUAAAGUUGUACAUGGGCCGUGAUGAUAAAUUUCUGCAAGACACAUUGUUCACGUACAUGGUUGCAGGCAAGGACACCGCAGGAGCCACACUAGUCUGGAUGCUAUGGCUAGUCACCAAUAACCCGAAUGUUGACAAAAAGAUGGUAGAAAAGCUUAGGAAGCUUAGAGACUCUUCUGAAGUGAUAAACGAUGAUGAAAAAAAUGAUUGUCAAAGAAGGCUGGCAUCUUGCCUAGUGUCCACAAAGUCGGGCCAUGCACAAGGAUUAUCGUCUCUCUGUAUUCGAUGGGAAGAAUGGAGACAAUAUGGGGGGAGGAGUGAGGACUGCUUGGAAGUCAAGCCUGAGAGAUGGAUUAUGGAGAAGGGGACGCUGAAGCAAGAGCCUUCAUUCAAGUUUAUGCAUUCCACUCAGGACAAUGUCGUUGAGCCUAAGGUUUCAGUUAUUAUUAAGCCCAAGAAUGGGUUGCUUGUUAAGUUGAAGAAGAGGAAAAGGCAGGACUAG